UGCGCGCGGCGGUCACGUGAGGCGGUCAAGAUGGCGGCGGUCAGAGCUGAGCCGUUGCAGCUGCUGUUGAAGGCUCCCUCUAAGGAUGUGGUGAGGCACUUAUGUCGAGAAUGUUUUUCCUCUGCAGCCCCUAAUUCAACUCUGUUGGUUGAUAAUGCUGUCACCAAUUUAUCAAUUACUUCUGAGGAGGCACAGCAGUUGAUUUGCUCCCUUCACUGUUUCACACGACAAGUUGUAUUCCAAGGACUGACUUCAGCUGAAGAGAUUUUCCCACUCUUUCCAGAUAAUUUCCAUCAAAACCUGAAAAAUCUGUUAACUAAAAUAAUUCUUGAAAAUGUAGCCAGCUGGAGGAGUGAGGCACUUGCAAAUCAAAUUUCCCUGCCCCGUCUCAUCGACAUGGACUGGAGAGUGGAUAUCAAAACCUCCUCUGAUACCAUCAAUAGAAUGGCCGUGCCUACAUGUCUGCUCCAAAUGAAGAUUCAGGAUGAUGCCACCAUUUGCCAAGAUAAGCCCACUAUUUCCACCGUCUCCCUUGAACUGAGUAAAGAAAAACUGGAUACGAUGUUGGAUGGACUUGGUAGGAUCCGGGACCAGCUUUCGGCUGUGGCAAAUAAAUGAAAUGUUUACUCGCUGUCUCAGUGACCAAGUAUUAGAAACUGGGUAAAAAUAUAUUUGGAUCCGAAGGAUGGUUCUUUAUCCUGUUUUGUUAUGUACAGCUUUGAGUUGUUAAUCUUUCAUAUUGCUUGUGUUAUCCAAUUUCCCGCCCCAAGUACUGUAGAUGUGAUUUCUGUAAAUUUCCCAAUACUUUCUAUCUUUUUUGUAUUAAAUGACUCUAUUUCUGUUUCUUGUCACUUGUUUCAUUUGUGUAAAGUGAGCUUGGCAUUAAUAUUGCAGCUAAAAGCUAUGCCUAAUGUUUUUUAAUCAGUCUUUGCCAGGAUGUCGAUGCCAUUAGGAUGUACUAUACUGAAUUGUUUGCUGGAGGAUAAUUAGUGGCUCAGAAGUUACACGCAGAGCUGAUCUCCUUCCUUGCUGUAACCUUUUGAUGAUUGUUUUUUAAAUUGUGUGUGACAGAAGAUAUCUUCCUCCGUAAGAUGCUAAUGACUAGUCCAAUUAGUUUCGUUAAAAUUAAUAAAUGCUUUUCAAAAAAAAAAAAAAAA